AUGCGCGAGCAAGGCCGCCUAAAGCCGACCCAGCCUGUGUCACUUGGUGAUGCAGGCGCUGGUCAUGAAGACACUCGUGUCUUCACAGAGUACGAGCUCGGUGUCUCGUACUCUCCUGAUACGGAUGACGGAUCCGUAUCGACGGCGAUUGAAUUUAAGCCGCCUGCCAAGCGUGGCAUGGACGAUGCUUUGCGUCGCAGCAUCUUUGGUUCAUCUGAUUCAUCAGAUGAACCAUCGCCGAAGCGAAGGCGCUCGAGGUCGCGAGACUCGGGCGCUAAUAGUGGUGUCGGUUCUCCUAUGGACACCACUUCACAGCGAGGUGCCAGUACUUCUGUCGGCACGUCGCAGGAAGAGCGGGACCGCAAUGUCUUGCGUCUCGCUCCUGAGAAGAAGGCAUGGAUGCCUCCAAAAUCCGUCAUGGAUCACUUGUCGGCGACGACGAGUGAUCGUUAUCGAACACGAUUGUUCGAUUCGUCAAGGAUCCAUCACCUUGACCCCAGCGCGAAAAACUAUUGCGCUGAGCAUGAAUUCUUCAGCGGUGCUUUCUUUAAGCAUCGAUGGUACAGUGGGAACCACAAGCGUGAUGGUCCCUCACUGCUUCAAGCGUGGAACGCCUACAUCCAUAACCUUGAGGAUGUAGGUCGUGACGCUUGGAACGACAAACUUAUCAAAGCUCGUGAUAAGUUUGAAAAGCGAACUCCGACAGGUGCACGCUACAAGCUGCAUCGUCUGUCAAGGAAGAAAGGGUUACCCUGCCUCUCUUGGGGAGACUCGUGCCAAUGUUGUGUAAACAACUCUGCACGAGCACCUAAGGAGGCUUACCUCCCUAACAGCCCGUGGUGGCGCGUACGUAUCUCUAGUGAGAUGUACAAAAGGACUGACAACUUGAAAUCCCUUUACGACAGUGCCGGGAAGACUUUCUCCGGCGGUCCUUCUGCGGUACAGGAUGUGCCGCGUCGUACUGCUCAACCAAACCCAAUACGUCAACUAUCAGUUAGGAGCGGGGCUCCCAAGUAUCCCAGGACGGGGGAUAGCCGCGCCACCGGACGAGAUAACUCAUCCGACGUCCGUUCACGUCGCGUUGGUUCAACAGCUGCUCAACUAGAUAGCGCUGGCCACCGCGAGAGUCUUCUAAUGGACGUGGAGGAGCAGGGAAGACGCUCUCCUCAUAAUCGUGGGGAUGCGUGUGUUCCCGAGAGCUUCUUUGAUCGCCUUCGAGCUGAGUUUGCCUUUGCUCAGCUUGAGAACGAGAGAGCUCUGACAUCUCUUCGUGACGAGCUAAGGGUAGCUCGUGGGAUUGUUGAUCGGUCUCGGGAUGAGAUAGCUGCUCUUCAGACCCUUGUCGAUGCCCACCAUCGGAAGCACAAGGCUCUCUGCGAGAUGCUUGAGCGCAAGGGCGUUCUUCAUCGCAAGAAGCAGCGUACUGAUGAUACGGCUUAA